AUGGGCGACAAGAAACGCAAGCUCGCCGAGGAAGCCAUUGCGCCUGAGGGCAAGAAGCUGAAACAGGAAAAGGCCAAGGGAGAGCGGAAAGAGAAGAAGGAGAAAAAAUCCAACGCGAAAGAGGUUGUUCAGGACGUGAAGACCACCGAGGAAGUCCCGGCGCCUGUUGACAGCAAGCCGGAGAAGAAGGACAAGAAGGACAAGAAGGAAAAGAAGGAUAAGAAAGAAAAGAAGGAAAAGAAGGAGAAGAAGGAGAAGAAAAAUAAAGAUGAAGAAGAGGAGAAGUCAAGUCCCCAGGCCGCAGGGCCCGAUUCAAUGGACGUCGAUGGCGAUGUGAAACCCGCCGAGAAGCAAGAGGCUGAGGGCGACGAGCCCGAAAAGAAGGAGAAAAAGAGGGACAAGAAGAGCAAGAAGGAUAAGAAAUCCAAGAAAGAGAAGAAGGAGAAAGAGCCCGCAGAUGAGCCGCGAGAGCAGCCAGAACAAUCUACAGAGACAGCACCUGCCGAAGAACACUCACAACACCACCAGAAAAACGCACGUUUCAUCUGCUUCGUCGGAAAUCUCCCUUACUCCGCAACUGCCGACUCUCUAAGAAAGCACUUUGAGAAGAACCCUCCAGCCUCAGUUCGCGUAGCUACUGAGAAAGACAAACCGACCAAAUGCCGUGGAUUCGGUUUUAUCGAAUUUGACAACUAUGACCGCAUGAAGACCUGCCUGAAGCUCUACCACCACUCCAUGUUCGAUGAUGGAAAAUAUCCCCCUCGGAGAAUCAAUGUCGAAUUGACGGCCGGCGGCGGCGGCGGUAAAUCUGAGCAUCGUAGAGCCAAAAUCGAAGCCAAGAACAAGAAGCUCAACGAGGAGAGACAACGUCAAGCUAAGGAUAUCCAAAAGGAGAAGACAAAGACGAAGAACACUCAUUCUAAAGAGAACGAGGACCAGGGCGCCGAUCAGUGGGCUGGUAUCCACCCCAGCCGAAGAGCCCGUAUGGCGUAA